UUCGGGAGCUGGCCCCUCAGUGAUUGUGGGUGGUGCGUUUACUCGGAGCCAUUCAAAGACUGCGAUUGACAUGAGGACAAGUCGACCCUCCGCCUUAACCGGUUAACGGGAAAUCACGUCUGCGUCUAUCUCUCAGUAUCUCUGCAAGACUAAGACAAACAUUUGAGUCAUGUCGUAAGGCGAACUUCCAUAAAGGUCAGGAUGCUCUUCAUUUGAUGGACACAGACGCUGCGCCGAUUGAGUACUUCUCUCCGUGUCUGUGACUGGCUGAAAUUAUGUUCCCAGAUAUUUUCAUUUUGUGUGUGAUAUUACUCAGCGCCAUGCACAUCGCAUCAUCUUUGGAGCUGCAACUUGGCAUGCCAAAUGUUUGUGCUGACCAGGAGAUAUCCAUGUUGGGGGCCCGUCAGCCUUGUGUCCAGGCUUUUACUCGCAUGGUCAAGGUGUGGAAACAGGGCUGCACCAACCACAGAUGGUGUAUGGGCUACGAGAGGAGGACAGCAUACUACACAGCAUAUAGGCAGGUAUACAGCAUGGAUUUGCACACAGUCUACAAGUGCUGCCCAGGGUGGACUCAGAGGGGUGAAGAGAUGGGGUGUCUGCAUAGGGUUUGUGCUGCCAAUACAUGUUUCAAUGGAGGCUGGUGUGCAGAGACUGAAGACCAGAUAUGUCAGUGUCCAUUGGGCUUCAAAGGGACGCGAUGCCAGUAUGAUGUUAACGAAUGUGAAGUGGAUGAAGGAGGCUGUGAGGGGUACUGUUGCAACACCAUUGGCAGCUACUACUGCAAGUGUCCUGAAGGCAGUAGACUGGGGCCAGAUGGCAAGGCAUGUCACGACGUAAAUGAGUGUGAGGAGCUCAAUGGAGGAUGCCAGCAAACAUGUGUCAACACACAGGGCUCUUAUCGCUGUGAGUGCAGCGAAGGCUUCCGCAUGCACGCUGAUGGUCGGACCUGCAUUGCUGUGACUUCUUGCUCUGUAUUGAAUGGUGGAUGUGAGCACAAGUGUGUGGACAUGGGGAACAAUCACUACAAAUGUGAGUGUCGAAAGAACUACCAGCUGAAGAGAGAUGGAAGACACUGUGAAUUGAGGGACCCCUGUGAGGAGAGGAAUGGAGGCUGCGCCCAGCUGUGUCUCUCUGAAGACGGCCGGGUUCAGUGCAGCUGCCGACCUGGUUUUACACUGGCUGGAGAUGCCAAGAACUGUGAAGACAUUGAUGAGUGCAGUUCAGGCCGUGCCAAGUGUUCCCACGGAUGUGUCAACAUGCUGGGCUCCUUCAGCUGUGUGUGUCAUCCAGGCUUUGAACUUGGUGCUGAUGGCAAACAGUGCUACCGCAUUGAGAUGGAGAUCGUCAACAGCUGUGAGAAAAACAAUGGAGGUUGCUCUCAUCAUUGUGAGCACACUACCAACGGCCCCCUCUGCUCCUGCAACCACGGCUACCAGCUGGACCAAGACAGGAAGACCUGUGUAGAUAGUGAUGAGUGCAUCAGUGGGGAGUCCUGCUGUAGUCACUUCUGCAGAAACUACCCGGGUGGCUACGAGUGCAGCUGCAGAGCCGGCCACAGACUAAACCCAGACGGCUGUGGCUGUGAUGACAUUGAUGAGUGCUUGACAGAGACCUCAGGCUGUGAACACUACUGUGUCAACACCCUGGGAACAUACGAGUGUUUCUGUCGACUGGGCUUCCGCUUGGAUCACGACCAGCACUCCUGCAUCUCGCUGUAUGGCAGAGAACUGGAAGAAGAAGAAGAGGAGGAGGAAGAAGAGGAGGAGCAGCUGGAGGUCCACAGAUUACCUGAUCUGCUAUUUCGCAAGGCUCCUCAGCUCCUGCAGUACACAGCAGCCCUGCGCUCCCGCUAUGAAAGUGAUGAUGAUGAUGAUGGUAGCAACGGUGGUGACAAUGAAAAAGAAUUAGAGAUCCAGAGAGACCGCAGGGGAGAGCUCAGGCUGGACAGCCACAUAGUGUGUCUAGAUGGCUCGUUUGGGGAUGACUGCAGUGUGAGCUGUGAAGACUGUGUGAAUGGGGAGUGUAGUGAAAACAGAGACCGAUGUCAGUGCUCACCUGGAUGGACUGGGCUCAUCUGCAACAAAACUUGUCCACAGGGGACCUAUGGGCAGGCCUGUAACAGUCUGUGCCGUUGUCAGAAUGGAGGCUCGUGUGACCCUGUGACUGGGAAGUGUUUGUGCCCCCCAGGGGUACAAGGCCUGCUCUGUGAGGAUGGUUGCCCAAGAGGUUAUUUUGGGAAACACUGCAGAAGAAAGUGUAACUGUCCCAACAAUGGACACUGCCAUCGCCUGUAUGGAGCCUGCCUGUGCUCUCCAGGAUUAUAUGGUCGAUUCUGCCACCUGCCUUGUCCCAGGUGGACGCACGGCGCAGGCUGUUCCAAGGAAUGCGACUGUGUUCAAGAACAUUCCUCUGGCUGUGACCCCAAAACAGGGAGUUGUUUCUGUAAAGCUGCAUACCAUGGCCCUCAGUGUGAGAAAGACUGUGAUCCUGGCUUCUUCGGUGCAGGCUGUGAGCAGCCAUGUGACUGUCCAGGUGGAGGGUCAUGUGACCCCAGGACUGGAGAGUGCAGCCAGCGAUGUCCUGCAGGACUUUAUGGAGAUAGAUGUCAGCUUGCCUGCAAAGCUGGGAGCUAUGGAGAAAACUGCCAUCUGACCUGUAACUGUGGAGGAUCUCCUUGUCAUCCCAUAACCGGACAAUGCAUUUGUCCUCCUGGGAAGAUAGGACACUCCUGUCAGGAAGACUGCCCUGAUGGAUUCUGGGGGUUGAAAUGCCAGUCAACUUGUCCUCCCUGUGUGAAUGGAGGCUCCUGCAACAGGCAGACUGGAGGCUGUGACUGCAAGUCGGGCUUCACAGGAAAUCUCUGCCAUACUGAGUGUCCCCCAGGUUACCACGGCCCAGGCUGUUUAAUGCACUGCUCAUGCCACCCUGAUGCCGGCUGUGACCCACAGACUGGACACUGUGUCUGUCCUCCUGGUAAAACAGGCCACGACUGUUCAACAUCAUGUGAAUCCGGUUACUGGGGCCAAGGGUGUGUCAACAAGUGUCAGUGCCAGGACAGCUCUCUGGGCUGUGACCCUGUCAGCGGUCAGUGUGUGUGUGAAACUGGCUUCACUGGAGACCACUGUGAAAAGAGGUGUGUAAAUGGCAGUUAUGGGCAGGGCUGUGUCCAGCAGUGCCAGUGUCAAAAUGGAGCCCAUUGUGACCAUGUCAGUGGAGCCUGCACAUGCUCUCCUGGAUAUGCUGGCACUUUCUGUGAAAAAAUGUGCCCGGACGGCUUUUACGGUCUUGACUGUGGCCAGAUGUGCGAGUGCAGGAACGGUGCCCGCUGCCACCACAUCACAGGAGACUGCCUAUGCACCGCCGGCUGGGCAGGACCACACUGCAUUCUGGAGUGUGAGGAAGGACGCUAUGGAGAGAACUGCACCCAGGCCUGCAGUUGUACAAAUGGCGGGAGAUGUGACAGAGUGAGAGGAAGCUGUGUCUGUCAGCCCGGUUGGACAGGGGAGCUCUGUCAGUCAGCCUGUUCUAAGGGAUUCUUUGGAGAGGGCUGCGAGCAGAGGUGUGACUGUGUCCAUAGUUCCAGUUGCCACCAUGUGACGGGCCGCUGUGAGUGCGAGCCAGGCUGGAGAGGAGGCCGGUGCGACAAACCCUGCCUCCCAGGGUCCUAUGGUGCUUCCUGUGCCCAGAGGUGCCAGUGCCAGGCCGGGGUGUCCUGUCACCAUGAGACAGGGAGUUGUGGCUGCCCAGCUGGACUCACAGGACCUGGCUGUGAGAAAACCUGUCCUGCUGGCGUGUUCGGUCAAAACUGCAGCCAGCUGUGCCAAUGUUCAGGUGAUCAAGAGCAGUGCCAUCCUGUGACGGGGAAAUGUAGCUGCUUACCUGGUUACUAUGGUGCACACUGUGAGCUACGAUGUCGAGCGGGGACUUAUGGGCCAAACUGCAAGUCCAGGUGCAGCUGCAUCAACGGUGGUCGCUGUGACUUCAGGACUGGAACUUGUUAUUGUCCUCCUGGCUUCAUUGGAGUUGACUGCAGCAUAAGUUGUCCAAGAGGGUACUUUGGAAAGGACUGUGCUAAGCUGUGCUCCUGUGGGGAAGGAGGGCAGUGCCACCCUGCAACUGGGAGGUGUAUCUGUGCCCCUGGUAGGGUGGGACAGUCCUGCCAACAAGCGUGUCCUAGAGGGCGCUACGGUCUGCAGUGCAGAAACACGUGCAGCUGUCAGAACGGGGGCCUGUGUGACCCCACAGACGGGUCCUGCAAGUGUGGACUAGGCUGGACUGGACCACAAUGUGACACAGCCUGUUCACAGGGAAAAUAUGGGCAUGAUUGUGCACAAGACUGUCCAUGCUUCAACAAUGGGACCUGCGACCGUUUUACCGGCACCUGUAGCUGUACUGCUGGAUACUACGGCCACUCCUGUCAACACAAAUGCCCCUCAGGGUUUUCUGGAGUGAACUGUGCCCAUGCCUGUGACUGUAAGGUGGGACAGUCAUGUGACCAUGUGACAGGCCAAUGUGUAUGUCCACCAGGUUACUAUGGGCUACAAUGCCAAAGACGCUGUGAAGCUGGCAGUUUUGGACUAAGCUGUGCAAAGUCAUGUGACUGUGCUGGUGAGGCCCCAUGUGACCCGUCGACUGGACGGUGCCUCUGUCCCCCAGGAAGGACGGGACAGAGAUGUGAAAAAGACUGCAGUGGGGAUCGUUUUGGCCCCGACUGCUCCCUGCUGUGCAAGUGCUCCCACAGGGCCCGCUGUGAUGGGCUGACAGGGCGAUGUCUGUGCCCGCUCACCUGGCUGGGCCCCACCUGUAGUGAAGCACUGCUACACCAAACCCCAGGACUGUUGAACUUCUCUGUGUCCCUAAGAAGGAGAAGAGCAGGCAGCAAAACCACAUAACCCAAGCAAAGGUGCAAACUCCUGACUGGACGUUUAAACACAGGGCCUGGCUGUGUGAAGCAUUACUAAGAUCAUCUUGGUAAAGGUGAUGUUUGUAUUGCUAUGUUUUUGUGAAACUGGUACUUGGCUGUCAGAAACUGACGCUCCAUCACUGAGGCCGGAGCUCAAGAUAAUCAACCGGUGAACCUGGCAUGUGAGGGGCCCUCAAAGGACCAUAAACCCUAAACCUACCCCAGACAAGAUUUAAAGUCCAGGGUUCUACAGACUUCUUAGUAGUAUACACAAAUACCUGCAUCACAUCUGCUACUGUUGCUGAUUGAAAGCGGUUCUUUUGCUUUCCAGUUUGACGUUUAAUGAGUUGUUAAGGGUUCGGUUUCUUUCUUGAGGGCAUUUGGACGAGACAUGCGACUGAAUCUGAGAUUUUCUUGUAACUGGACCGCCGCUACCAACAUUAAGUUUUUUCAUGUUUGUGUCCACAAAAAACUUGAUGGGCAGUAUAACAGAAUGCCAAGCAUAUUUCUGGUGGAAAUUAAAUGCCUCUAAAACAGAUUUAGAAAUAUAUGAGUGACUUAUAUACUUAUUCUGAAAAAUAAAACACCAAGAUCCACAUAUACAGGGACUGCAGGCGAGUGAGCUACAAAAAUAUGGUCCAGCAGAAGAGCCAUAAACGUUAAGGCAGAGAAUGUUUCAUGAUAAAAUGACCUCCAGACGGAUUUUAAGAUAUAUAAAAAUACUCUGCUUUGAAUAAUAAAUUAUAUAUGAUUUUUAUUUUUUCUUUAUCAUCCGCUUAAAUAACCCAAAAGUGCAUCUACUCGAAAUCCGAAAGUCAUUGAGCAAUGGUACUUAAUUUCAAAAGAUGAACUACUUGACACAGGAUGUCUCUUAACUUACUGUCCUUCCUCAGUGUAUGUGCAUUGGAGGCUUCAGGUUUCCAUAUCACACUUCUUUAAGCUGCAUAUUGGAGCAUGACUGGCAUUUAGAUGUUUCAAAAUCAUGAUUGUAUCUAUAUGUCAGAUUUAAGGUGAGCACAGAGAAACUGCAGAAACAUCCUCAAACUGCCUGUACAUCACUCUGCACAAUCAUCCAAGUGAAGUACCAAGAAGCAAAACAUGUUUGAGUAGAGGAGGGUUAAAUAUAAGGAAUCAAUCACAAAUUAAAAUUGUGAUUUUUCUUUUUAUAUGUAUAAAUUUGUUUUAAAAGAUUUGUAUCCUCAAACUAUUAUGUAGUUCAUGUUCAUCACAGUGACCCACUAAACACUGAAAUGGCUCUCUGGCUCUGUUGUGUACAGAGGUAAUCUUAUUUUACUUACAUAUUUCUUAUGUGUGUAUUUAUUCUCUUGCUUAUAAUUUGGUGCUAAAAUUUUAUAUUAUGAUUGUCAUGUUAUUUGUGAAACUGCAUCAUUUCCCAAAAGAAUCCAACUCCUAUCAUUGGUUAAUUAUUCUAAUUCUUCUUCUAAACAGAUUCCUCACCUAUAGGACUCUUUUACAAUAACAGACUCAUCUUCAACUUAAUUUAUUUAAUUGUUCAUACACCUAUGUUUUAUACAUGUAUGUGAACAUUUUGUUUACCUGUAAGUUAUUUCUUAACUGAACAUUAGGAACACUCUACAUUUUCUGGCAUUGAUUAUGGAUUUUCUGAUUGUAGUGCGGUGUCUCGGUUGAUUGAUGUUAAUACUUUUUUCUGCAGUACAUGGAAACACUUCUGUGCAAAAUUAGAAGCCUUAUUUUUAGCCACAAGAUAAGAUUACAAGUCUCAUAUCACUACUGCUCUCAUUUACCAUACAAGUGCAUUUGUUUUUUGAGGGUUCAACUUUUGCAAAAACUGUAUUUGUAUUAUAUCUCAGGUCAUUUAGUAACCUACUGUGCUUAUUUCCUGAUGGCAUACCUUAUGUCAGCGGUGCUACAAUGAUGCAUUUUGUUUGAUUUGAUGAAUUCACAUUGUCUUUUUGUUUCCUCCAUGAUAUGUCUUUAUCAUCCGUGGUUGUGUUUUGACUACAACAAAGAGAAGAAGAGACGUGAACCAAAUAAAUAACACAUGUGGA